GUGAAUGCAGCUUGCAUCUCGGUUCUGACCGCGGUGAUGAACAUCUUUGGAACCUUGACUGCCACGCAGAUCCGGGUGGACAUUGACAGAGAGAUGAUGCUUCACGGCCUCUACAACGUGGGCAGCGGCGUGCUGUCUGGCCUUACUGCCAACAUGGUCAUGUCUUUCUCCAUCACCUGCCGUACGCUUGGUGCGGACGGUCAGCAGUUUCAAAUUUUGCUUUUCGUCUUCUCGGCCGCGGUUUUCGUGGCCGGCGGCUACGUCGUUGCCGUGAUGCCAAAGCUGCUUCCCGGCUCCGUGUUGAUCUGGCUCAGCGCUGAGCUUAUGGCCUUUUGGAUUUGGAACUCCCGGCGGUUUUUGCGGGUCUACGAGUAUUGCCUG